AUGGAUAUUAAAGAAAUUGUUGGUGAUUAUAAUUCAUUUUUAGAUACAAUUUUUGAAUUAUUAAUUAAAGGUGGUUUUAAAGAGAAUGAAUUAAAAGAAUUACCAAUUGAUCAUAUUUGUUAUAGAGUUAGUACAAAUGAAUUUUAUAAUGAAAAAAAGGAACAGUUAAAUCAAUUGGGUGAAUUAUUAGUUGAGACUGAAAUUGGUGGUAGAAUGAUUUCAACCUUUAAAUUGAAUAAACCAAUUCAAUAUAAGGAUAAAUCAAUACCAUUAAUCGAAUUACCAGCACCAAAAAAGAAUAGAAUCAACUAUGACGGUUUAGAACACAUUGAAAUGGUUAUCAAUGAACCAUUCCAAUCAUUUGUUGAUAAUCAUCCAUCACCAAUUGAUGAAAAUUUAAAAUUCAAUUGGGUAUUACACGCUUUAAACAAAGAUAUCAAUCCUGACGUAGAAUGUGAAUUCAUAGAUCCACGUAUUAAAAAUGAAAUUAGAACUAUCAGUGUUAAAUUUCAUCAUCAAUCAUUAGAAGAAGUUGUAAAAUAUGAAAUACAAUUAUUAAAAGAAAAUAAAUAA